AUUAAUGAUUAAUACCUGUAUUGAUUGGCUGUGUUUUGGGGAUUAGUCCCACUGUUUGUGUAAGGGCUCAGUGUUCCUGAGUGGGUGGUUGUGUUUGGUGCGUUCUGCCUGGAUUUCUACCAUCGCGCUGAACUUGUUGGGGGGAUUUUCCUUCUGUCAGAGUCGACCUGGUUGUUGUUUGAUGUUUGCCACCCAACACAGUCAGAGGAGAAGGACUACAGAGCAGAGAUCUCACUCUGACCUCCAUCAAGUGGUUUAAAAGAUCUUCUUCCACUGCUACAAACAAUGAAACUGUUUCUGCACUGUUUUCUCCUGACACUUGGAGUGGCCACUGGGUAUCGCAGCGCUCUGAAUGACUUCCAGCGGUCUGAGGGCAGAGAGCUCGUUCCAACCUCCUGGAACUCAGCUCGAGUGCAGACGUUACCGGGUUUGAACCUGGAGGACUGUGCUUCUCGCUGCUCACAGUCGCUGGACUGCAGAGCUUUCAACUAUGAAACCCGUCCAACGGUCACCUGCAAACACCUGCCCUGGGUGGAUGACGGCAGCAACGCUGAGAUGAAGAGAAACGUAAACUGUGACCUUUACGAGAAGAAGGUCUAUGUAAGGAAGUGCAUUGUGGGUAAAGGGGAAGACUACCGAGGGAAAGUCUUCACCACGAAAAGCGGCCUCACCUGCCAACAGUGGUGGUCCAAGUUUCCUCAUGAUCACAGGUGGACUCCCACAGCCACUAAUGGUCUGGAGCUGAACUACUGCAGGAACCCAGAUGGGGAUCGUAUCGGUCCGUGGUGCUACACCACCGAUGCUGAGCGACGCUAUGAGAGCUGCAACAUUCCUCAGUGCAAAGAUGAAGUGUGUAUCACUUGUAAUGGGGAGGACUACAGGGGGCAGGUUGACCACACUGUGAGCGGCAGAGAGUGUCAGAGAUGGGACCAGCAGUAUCCUCACCAACACAUCUACCAGCCAGAAAAGUAUCCUGAUAAGAGUUUAGAUGAUAACUACUGCCGUAACCCCGAUGCCUCUCCGGUUCCUUGGUGUUACACCACAGACCCCGAAGUGGAGAGAGAAAACUGCGAGAUCAGCAAAUGCACUGAAGUUCGUGUGGAGAAACGUCAGCGCUCCAGUUUCACCACCAACUGUUUCCGCGGCCGUGGGGAGGAUUACCGUGGUAAAGUCAACGAGACGACGUCAGGUAUCCCCUGCCAGCGGUGGGAUGCUCAGUAUCCUCAUGAGCAUCCCUUCUACCCAAACACAUACGAGUGCAAGGGCUUGGAGGAGAACUACUGUCGUAACCCGGAUGGGUCUGAGGCUCCCUGGUGCUUCACAUCGGUGGCAGAGAUGAGGACUGCUCUCUGCCUGCAGAUCAAACGCUGUGCAGACGACAUAGAAGCUGAAGAUUGCUACCAGGAAAAUGGAAAAAACUACAGAGGCAUCGUCCGCAAAACUCGGAAGGGGAUCACCUGCCAGAAAUGGAAUGUUAACACACCUCACCGAACCAAGAUAAACCCAAGGACACAUCCUGAGGCCAAUCUGACAGAGAACUAUUGUCGCAACCCAGACGGGGACCAGCAUGGACCCUGGUGCUACACCACAGACCCCAAAACUGAGUUUGACUACUGUGCCAUCAAACAGUGCGCUGGAGAGAAAGUGUCCAUGACCGAACCAGUAGAGAAGGUGGAGUUCAGCGAGUGUGGAAAGAGAGAAGACCGUAUCCCGAGGACGAGGUUGCGUAUCGUGAAUGGGAUUCCUGGGAACUCGCCGUGGACAGUGAGCCUCAGAGACAGAAAAGGAAAUCACUUCUGUGGAGGAUCCCUGGUCAACCCCAGAUGGGUGAUCAGCACCAAGCAGUGUUUCUCCUCCUGCUACGUUGACCUGCCCGGAUACGCGGCCAUGAUGGGAACACUGUUUCGGGAUCCACAAGAAGGAGAACCUGGUGUUCAAACCAUCCCUCUGACCAAGAUCGUCUGUGGACCAUCUGAGUCUCAGCUCGUCAUGCUACAACUGGAAUACCCAGCCCAGUUUAAUGAGCGUGUCUCUCAGAUCUGCCUCCCUCCUGAGCGCUACAUUGUGGCUGAGGAGACGAUGUGUGAGAUCGCAGGAUGGGGUGAGACUAGAGGAACUGGAGAUGAGACUGUCCUCAAUGUGGCCCACAUACCAGUUCUUAGUAACAAAGAGUGCAACAAAUACUUCAGAGGCCGUGUUCGCGAAAAUGAGAUGUGCACAAACUCUUUCCAGGGCGGAGUAGGCGCCUGUGAGAGAGACUAUGGCGGCCCUCUGGCGUGUCAGAACAGGGACUGCUGGGUACUUGAGGGAGUGAUCAUCCCCAUGAGGCGCUGCGGACACCCAGGGCAGCCCAACAUCUUCAUCCGCGUGUCCGUGUACGUGGACUGGAUCAAGAAGGUCAUGGAGAUGGCUUAGGGACGGAUGCUGGAAACACAAAACUCAUCAAAUCCACUGUCAAAACUUGCAAGAGCAGUUUUUCAGCCAAACAUAUACAGUUUGUUCUUCUUCUCAGAUGUCUCUUCAACAUUAGAAACUGUCAGUAGUACAAAUAAAAAUAAUACCAUUUGAAUUUAUUAUAUUACUCACAUUACUGUUAGAUUACUGCAGCAUUAAAAAGGGCUCAUUCAGACUCUUAUUCAUGCAGAAAAUGCAGGGAAAACUGAAUCGUUUUUUGCAUUAUAUCUGUUUCGAAUUAAUUUUUAUGUGCACUUAUGUUUAGUGAAGCUUUUCAGUCUAACUUUAAGUUCAUCAGAAGGAGCAUUUGAAGUCACUAGUGGCUUGUUGCUGGUAGCCAAAAUCCAUGAGAGCACAAGCAGAAAAAACACUUACAUUCCAUAAAAACAAUCCAGUUAGCGAGUGAAAAAACAAAACAAAACAUGCAGAUAAGCUUUAUCACAGAAACACAAACAGCUUUUUAGAUUUUUAGGAAAGGCUUCACAUUAAGUCUUUGUGUUAUUAUUUGUCAACAAUUGCUUUUUUUUAUUUUUACAAUUACUGUUUUCUUGUUCAUCACUGACUGCUGUCCCAAUAAAUUCUCAUAUCUGC